CGCCGUCGCUCGGGAGGAGGUGUUCGCUAGAUGAAGUGAUGGCGACUGGGACGCCAGAUUCGCAAGCGCGAUUUGGUCAGUCUGUGAAGGGGCUCCUCACAGAGAAGGUGAACACCUGUGGUACGGACGUCAUCGCGCUCACUAAGCAGGUGUUGAAGGGCUCGCGGAGCUCUGAGCUGCUAGGUCAGGCAGCUCGAAACAUGGUACUACAGGAAGACGCCAUCUUGCACUCAGAAGAUAGUUUAAGGAAAAUGGCAAUAAUAACAACACAUCUCCAGUACCAGCAAGAAGCUAUUCAGAAGAAUGUUGAGCAGUCUUCUGAUCUACAGGACCAGCUGAAUCAUCUGCUGAAAUAGUGCAGCUUGUAAGAUGGCGAACGCACUUCUUUCCCUGACGCUGAGAAGGAAAUCUUUUACUUAACCACUGUGCUAUGGGUUUUAUUUUCCAUUUUCUUCUCCAAAAGUUAAGUUAGAACAGAUUUGUGAUGGUGUACAGUUUCUCCUGAAAAGAAGCUAGGUGGUUGAAUUUUGGAAGUACUGCUUGAAGCAGAUAACCCGUGCUCUUAUUGAAUUUUUAAAUUGCUCUGUUUAGUUUUAUGUUAAAGCAAAAUUAAAAGAGGUCUUAGUUUUUCCCAUAGAACUUUUAUAUGUCGAGAGCCAUAUUAUCCAAAUAUGAUCCUUAAGCAAAUACUGAAUAAUGUUUUGAAUUCAGAAUUAGGGCUUCUAUUGUGAAACCAUAGGACUGAUUAAUAUUCUUUUUUAAAGACUUUUUUUCUUUUAAUCAUACAUUCAGAAAAUGUAUGUAUCACAAAAUAGUAAUAGGUAAUACCUGUUCUUUCCCUCCCGUUCCUUCUCCUCCCCUCCCCUCUCAGAGGAGAUACUUAUUUUAUUCAUUGUAGCAAGUUCCUGAAUGAAAAUUAGGCAAAUGGUAUAUCUGGCCAGCUGCAGUCUUUUCCUUGACCUGCAUUCCUAGAGUUUCUUUGUUGUUACUUUUGAUUAAUCGGCCUUGGGUUCAUUUAAAAAUUUUUCUAGCCAUCAGCAAACUCGUAAACAUUACUGCCAAAUGCAAAGACAGUUGAAUUACUGGGAAUGAAAUACUGGGAAUGUGGCGUAGGGUUGUGCCAUGGGAAAACCUUCUGUUUUCAGAUACUUACCCAUGUUUAUUUAAUUCAUCUUACUAAAAGGCAUUGCCUUUGACUGUCUUUGCUUGGUUUGAAUUUUAAAUGCACUCUAUCGUGUUCUAGUUAGUUCUUCACUAAGGAAUUGGGAGAAAGCUGACAUAGGAAAAUGGUGUCUUCACUGAAAGGAAAAAAAGCAAUUAAGAGUCCAAUUUAAUUCAUAUUGUGUAUCAUCAAGUCGACUAAUCAUAUUAGAUUGUAUUUAUCCCUCAUUAUACCUAUACACAUUAACUUAAGGUUAAAGAAAAAACUAGGUAUGAAAGAAUUCAGUUAUGUUAUUCAUUCUAUAAAUACUCAUUACAGUUAUUAAAUGUAAAUGGACUCAGUUCACCUUCAAAAAAAAAGGGUCACAAAUUUAUA